GUGGAAUGGGUGCAAAGCCGAGUGAAUACGUUACCCAACUAGCUUGUUUAUAAGUCAUCCCUUUAAGCCUCACCGGGGAGGAGAGAGGGAGAAGAGGAGAAGGUAAAGGGGAUGACUUGGAAAGAAGAGGAGGAAACGGCAACAGGAGAAAAACCAGAGGAGCAAGAACAAGCAAAACUAAGUAAAGUGAAACUGGGAUCUUCCAACAUUGCAACAACAUAUUUUUAAAAACUUUUUCAGCGGUGUGGUGCAGCAGCUGCAGGGAUGUGGAUGGAUACCAAAGCAGAAGAGAAGGAGGCCAGCAGGAGUCGUGCCAGCCUUGGCCAACGUGUGUUGAGCGGUCUACUGUUCUUUACUGGGGAUAUGGAGCACUUAAAUAAGUACAUGCAAGACAAAGUGUUUGGGCUGCAGCUGGCGGUGUGGGGCCUGAGAGGGGUGUCCAGGGUGAUCCUAGCCACCAACCCGCUGAGUGGAGCUCUCAUCCUGGCUGCUCUGUGCUGGGCCUCCCCCUGGCAGGCCCUGCUGGGGACUCUGGGAGUACUGACCUCCACGCUAACAGCUGUUAUCAUGGGCCAAGACGGUGCUGAGGUGUCAGGAGGUCUCCAUGGGUUUAACGGCAUGCUGGUGUCGAUGCUGAUGGGGGUGUUCAGCUCGGCUGGAGACUGGUACUGGUGGCUGCUGCUGCCCGCCUGCUUGGGCUCAGCUACAUGUGUGUUUCUGUUCAGCGGUCUCGCCCCGCUGUUGGACCGCUGGGACUUGCCUGUCGCGGUGUUUCCCUUCAACAUCGUCAUCGUUCUCUACCUCCUUUGUACCGGCCCCUACAACCCCUACUUCCCGCACCACCCGGCUACACCUGCAGGGCCGAUGGAGAUCAACGCCACUGAGCUCAUGGCAGUGGAGGUACUGCGUGGCAUCCCUCUGGGUGUGGGUCAGAUCUUUGCCUGUGGGGCUCUGGGGCCCUCGCUCCUCAUCCUGGGGGCCGUCCUGCUCUACUCCCCCCUGCUGGCCGCCCACGCUCUGCUGGGAUCAGCAGUAGGAACGUUGGCUGGUGAGUCUCCAUCUGUGUGUUUGCAUGUGUGUGUGUGGGAGUAGUGGGAGCAUUAGCAA